AUGUUAUGCCUGCACAAUUCCCUUGCGCAGCAAAUGAGCCGGACAAAGGAACCAUCAAUUUUGUGGACAAUGACCGGUGAUCGCGGAAAGGCGCUUUGGCGAAGUUUGGCGCUACUUGCGGCUGCCUGUGGUAUUGUGACACUUCUUCUACUUCUAACCAUUGUCAUUACAUGGGAGGACAGUGGCUGGAAUUACGGCCAUUCUCCUCAUUUCAAACAGGGCUCUGCAGCGGUCGCGGGCAAAUAUUGCACUUUUCUUCGUGCUCGAUUCGAAUAUUUGCUAUUUUUGGCACAUAUCAUUUUUCUCGGACUAUGCCUGUUUGGAAACGAACAUAUAAAUCGCGGUGUGACCAAAUCACUUAAUGGCCUAGCUGACGUGAAUCGUGGAUUCAAAUUGGCCAUAGCCCAGCUGGUCAUGCAGGUGGACACUGUGUUGACAUACAUAACGGACGGUAUGGAUACAGUACGGGAUAAGCUGAAUAUGCUGCAAAAAACGCUAACAGAAGUCAGCUUUUUGGAGUCGGCUGAGAUUUACGGGGAACGAAUUGAGUUGGAGCGUAUUGGAUCGUCAGUGCUCACGUUUUGUCUACUCUCGCUAGGCUUAUUCCUGUUCACGCUACUUGUUAUCGUUUCACGAUCAUGGAAUCUCUUUACCAGACUCUACACUAACCAUGUGCGAUAUCGUCCAGUGCGCUAUGAUACAACGUCAGAAGCGGCGAUGUACUAUCGUGUACCGACGACGAUCACGCAGGAUUCGUUGACCGCAUGGCAAUGCGCACAGCACAACAGCAUUGACGAUACGAAGCGUGUCUCGUUUCGCCCCUCGGAUUAUGUUGAGGUGGACGAAGACGACCCGUUCUUCCCUCGUACAAACGACUCCAUGAUACCUGUGGAUAUCUAUGGGACACAUGUAUUCAAUCCGCGAACUAGCUCCGCCCGUUCCCCUUAUAAUGAGAACUCGUACGGAAAUUACAUGAAUAAUCGAUACGAUGUCUAG